AUGGCACAUCAGAUUGACACUCACAGUCACAGUGACGCUGAAGUCGCGACAAAACCUAGCCUCGACGCCAAAGUCAACCCUGUGUCGGACACUGAGGUCAUUGAUCCUAGCCUUGACCCCAAUGCAAAGUCAGGUUCCAAAUGGCGUCGCAUUGCUGGGUUCUUCUGGGACUCGAUUGAUGGAGAUCCCAAAUACCGUGCAUAUGUCAGACGGUUGGAUUUGAUCUUCUUUCCAACGGUUUUGCUUGGCUACUUCAUCAAAUACUUGGACCAGACCAAUUACAGUAACGCCUUUGUCAGUGGCAUGCAAGAAGAUCUCCAACUUUACGGCAACGAGCGCAACUGGCUUGGCACAUGGUUUAGUCUAGGCAUCAUGGUCGGUACUAUCCCGGCUCAGAUGUUGCAGCUAAGCCAUAUUCGCCCUUCCAUCUUGAUCCCUACUUGUGAGAUAUGCUGGUCGGCUUUGGUUAUUGGCAUGGGUUUCACACAUAGCAUCAAAGUGAUGUAUGCUUUGCGUUUCUUCAUCGGCUUGUUCGAAUCAUGCGCCUUUCCUGGAUACAUCGCCAUGCUUGGCAGUUGGUAUGGCCCCAAUGAGCUGACAAAGCGUCUGGCCAUUCUUCUCGAGGUUGAGUCUAUUGCCAGUAUGUUCAGUGGAUAUCUCCAAGCUGGCCUUUAUAGCAGCAUGAAUGGGCGCAACGGCCUCGCUGGUUGGAGGUGGCUGUUCAUCAUGGACGGAGUCAUCUCAGUCCCUGUGGCCAUCUGGGGUCUUUUCGGACUACCUGAUCACCCACACAACACGAGAGCCUUUUACUGGACAAAAGAACAUAUAAAGUAUGGCCAGGAGCGAAUUGCCAAGUUUGGCGUCACAGAGCAGAUCAAGCUGAACUGGGCUGAAAUCAAGCGAAUAUACCUGGGAUGGAGAAUCUGGAUGUUUGUCCUCCCGUAUACCAUGGUCGCUGCCUGCCACACAGCUACGAGCUACUUCAACCUCUGGCUCAAAGCAGAAGGAUACAGCGUGCAAAAGAUCAACUACUUGCCAACUGGCGGAAACGCCCUUGCAAUUGUUGUGACGGUGGCUUGGGGCAUGAUCGCAGACCGAACCAAGCAGUACUACUGGCUGAUUUUAUCACUCACGCUAUUGAUGAUUGUGGCCAAUAUUCUGCUUUCAGUCUGGCACAUUCCAAAGUCCGCUCUCAUGUUUGCCUACUACAUCUCCUACGCCGGCUCAGCAUGUACCCCUGUGCUGAUUAGCUGGACAUAUGGGUUGAAUGCUGCUGAUCCCAACACGAGACAGCUUUUGGUGGCUACAGCUAACCUUGUGUCAUACGCUUGGGUCCUCUGGGUACCAUUGGUCCUGUUUCCGACGUACGAUGCGCCAAAGUACAAGUAUGGUUAUCAAAUCUUGAUCCUAUUUGGUGGAAUCGCCAUUCUAAGCAUCACGGCGAUGAAGUAUCUGUAUAGCCGGAAGAAGUAG